GAUUAAUAAUAAUAAGAAUAACUCAUUCAUCAGAUGGCAAAAAGCACUUCUCUAGAGAUAUCUUCCACUUCCACCUUCAUCACUUCCUCUUUUGAUCGUGAUGAUGAUGCUCCAAAGAGAGCCGGAACUCUGUGGACGAGCAUUGCUCAUAUAAUAACGGCUGUUAUCGGAUCUGGUGUUCUUUCCUUGGCAUGGAGUACCUCCCAACUAGGAUGGAUUGUUGGCCCGCUUUCUUUGCUCUGCUUCGCAUUCGUUACUUACGUAUCUGCAUCACUCCUAUCUGACUGUUACAGGUCUCCCAACCCUGUUACUGGUGUCCGCAACUCAUCCUACAUGGAUGCUGUUUCAACCAUACUUGGAAGGAAACAGCUAUGGUUCUGUGGUUUUCUACAAUAUCUAAGCUUGUAUGGUGCCGCUGUUGCGUAUGUAAUCACUACUUCAAUCAGCAUCAGAGCAAUUCAAAAAUCAAACUGCUACCACAAACAAGGACACCAAGCAUCUUGCUCUUAUGGAGAUGGCAUUUACAUGCUGCUGUUUGGAUGUGUUCAGAUCAUAAUGUCUCAGAUACCUGAUUUCCACAACAUGAAAUGGCUUUCUAUUUUGGCUGCCAUCAUGUCAUUUGCCUACUCAACCAUUGGAUUAGCCCUCGGCUUUGCUACCAUGAUUGGAAAUAGAGAAAUUAAGGGAAGUAUUAGUGGAGUUCCAGCUAGUUCUACUCUGAAGAAAUUGAGCUUAUCAUUUCAAGCAAUUGGAGACAUUGCUUUUGCCUACCCCUAUGCAAUCAUUGUUCUAGAAAUUCAGGACACAUUGAAGUCCCCUCCACCGGAAAAUCAAACAAUGAAGAAGGCCUCAAUGGCAGCUGUCUUGAUCACCACCUUCUUUUACCUCUCUUGUGGAUGCUUUGGUUAUGCAGCCUUCGGGAAUGAUACACCUGGGAAUAUAUUGACAGGGUUUGGAUUCUACGAACCUUAUUGGCUCAUUGACUUUGCCAACGCCUGUAUAGUUGUUCAUCUUGUCGGAGGAUAUCAGGUUUAUAGUCAACCAGUAUUUGCAUUUGUGGAGAGAGGGCUUGCUAAAAAGUUUCCCAAUAGCGGGUUUGUGAAUGAUUUCCAUUCAGUGAAGCUGCCGCUGUUGGCCACUGAUCUUCAAGUGAGCCUACUCAGACUGUGUUUCAGAACAGCUUAUGUUGCAUCGACAGUAGGGAUAGCAAUGAUAUUCCCGUUCUUCAACCAGGUUUUGGGGUUGCUGGGGGCCAUAGGUUUUUGGCCCUUGGCCAUAUAUUUCCCAGUAGAAAUGUACAUUGUCCAGAAAAAGAUGAAUGUUUGGACAACAAAGGGUAUCUUGCUCCGAACAUUUAGUGUUAUUUGCUUACUGGUUAGUGUAGUUGCAUUAGUUGGAUCAGUGGAAGGGCUUGUGAGUGCCAAAUUAGAAUGAAGACAAUGGUUCUAUUCUCAUCUAUCUAUCUAUCCGUUAACCCGAUCUCCAUAAUUUAAACACUAUUAACACAAAGAAUAGAUUGUUGUUCAUUUGAUUAUCAUAGGGAUGUACUAACUUGUUCAUCUUUUCUUUUCCCUUAUUUAUCAUUGUGAUAACUUUGAGCGAGUAUACUUCAUAGACGAUGUCAUUAAUUUAAUCUGUAUUUAUGUAUCAUUAAUGGUAUAGAUCGCAACUUGUAUUAACUAAA